AUGAAAGAUGUGCUUGAUUUUACUUUACUAACAGCAUCAAAUAAUCAAUCAUUACUUUUAUCGAAAAAUAAGAAUGAUAAUAGUACAUGUUUAGGUACAGGAUCUAUUGAUAGAAAUACAACAAGAAUAUCUUUUGUUAUUGUUGAGAAAGAACAACGAGCAUUAACACAUGAUGAUAAUUUAGUGAGUGCAAUGAAAAUGUUGGAAGAAGGAAGUACAAGACUUGCCACAGCUGUGAAUAGUAAAGAUUUUAAUGAUGUUGGUACAGCUGAAUUACUUGUAACCGCUGCUAAUGCUAAAUUAUCUGUUUUGAAAGCUCAAUUACUUGAUAAUAGUGAAAAUUUAAACCGAUUGAGAAAAAAAAAAGAAAAAAUGAAUGAUGAAUGA